CCACGUUGGCAGCGGGAGUCGUUAGUGCUAGGUGUUAGCGAUUUUUGGGGUGAGUGAAGACGUGUGAACGGAGUAUAUAUUUUGUCGUACGUAAACAAUUAAGAUGGUGUCUCUGCUAAACACUGUCGAUACAGGACACGAAGACAUGAUUCAUGAUGCUGAAAUGGAUUAUUAUGGUCUUCGCUUGGCAACAUGCUCAUCAGAUCACUCGGUGAAAAUUUACGACAUCAAAAAUGGAACACAAACGUUGACAGCAGACUUGAAAGGACACUAUGGACCAGUUUGGCAAGUAGCUUGGGCACAUCCAAAAUUCGGAAAUUUGUUAGCUUCGUGCUCCUAUGAUAGAAGGGUGAUAAUCUGGAAAGAAGUAGGAGAGUGGGUUAAAUUGUAUGAAUAUAGCAGUCAUGAUUCCUCGGUGAAUUCGGUGGCAUGGGCCCCACAUGAUUUUGGCCUCAUGCUGGCAUGCGGAAGUUCUGAUGGAUCCCUGUCCAUUCUUUCCAGUAAUCCUGACACUGGAAAUUGGGAAGCAAAAAAAAUUCCCAAUGCACACACAAUUGGAUGUAAUGCUGUUAGCUGGUGCCCCGCCACAUCGCCUAAUCCAGCUUUUGAUGCUUCUGUUGCUGCUAGAUCACCCAUUAUAGUCAAGAGGCUUGUAACAGGUGGAUGUGACAAUUUGGUAAAGAUCUGGAAGGAGGAGGGAGAGCGUUGGAUUGAAGAGGCCAAGUUGGAAGUCCAUUCAGAUUGGGUACGUGAUGUGGCCUGGGCUCCAUCAAUUGGUUUGCCACGUAGCAUCAUUGCUAGUUGUUCUCAGGACAGACGUGUUAUCAUAUGGACAAGUGAUGAUAGUACCUGGACACCAACGGUACUACAUACAUUUGAUGAUGUAGUUUGGAAUGUGAGCUGGUCACUCACUGGAAAUAUCUUGGCAGUUUCUGGUGGUGAUAACAAAGUGAGCCUUUGGCGAGAGAACAACGAAGGCCAGUGGAUAUGUAUCAGUGAAGUCAGCAAAGGCCAGGGGCAAAUGGCAGGUAGUGAGCAAAGAGCACUUUAAAAAACUUCAUACAGCUACACACACAAGUUUGGUCAUUGUAUGCUCAUUUACUAAAUAUUAUGGUAUGUGUUAUGUUCUUGAACAUGUACAUGUGUAUUAAACUAUUAAUUUGAA